UGCGGCCAAACCGAAGAUUCGUUCUGAUCAUCUCUAUCAAUCAAAAUCGAAACGAGUAUUCCCGAUCUUCAUAACUGGUAACUAGGGUUUCAGCCAAUCAUAUUCUCAUCAUGAGAACCCGUAAUGCCGCCAAUCUGAAAUCACCCACUCCGAAGAAGACGCCACCGGGCAAGAAAUCCGCCGUCAAAGCCACUGCGACAUCUGCUGAGGUGGGCUCUGAAUCAUCCACACCCAAAACUAGCGAAACCAAGCGCUCCCCUGCUACCAGAGGCAGGCCGAUCAAGAAGAACCAAACCACACCCCUGACUGAUUCGAAGCUCGAACAACCAUCGGGUACGGAAGAUGACGAGGCAUCGCCUGGUGCUUGUCAUGUGACAACAACUUCCAAGGUCGGUAGAGUAACAAAAUCAGUGGCUAACAGAACAACUGGGAAGACUAAUACACCUACUUUAAGCAAAUGUAUUUCACCACAGGGGUCUGACAUUAGGGAGUCCGGCGAGGCAAAUGUUGAAGAGUCUAAGUAUGAAGUGGGGGAAGCCCCGGUUGUGAGGUUUACGGAGAAGGAACCGAGUCCACCCACUGUAGCUAUAGAAACCCAGGUUGUAGAGUCUAUGAAUGAGGAACCGAGUCAACCCACCGUAGUUAUAGAAACCCAGGUUGUAGAGCCUAUGAGUGAGGAACCGAGUCAACCCACCGUAGUUAUAGAAGCCCAGGUUGUGGAGUCUAUGAAUGAGGAACCGAGACAACUCACGGCUGAAAGUACCCUGGAGGAACCUGUGAAGGAGGAUGGUCACGCAGAAGAAAAUGAGGAACCAGUAACUGAAAAUGUCGGAGAAUGUACUUUGAAUGAGCAAAACACAAUGGAACUAGUAACAAUUUCUAGUGACAGUGAGAGCUCAGCAGAUACUUUGGAACAAAAAGAGCCUAGUGGUAAGGAAGUCACUGCAGUAUUAAAUAAAGUAGCAUCUUGUGGCGUAAUGGAUGAAUUAGAAGGGAGUGUGAAUCAAGAGAAGUCAAGGGAUGGUGGAGUUAAGGAGAAGCUGGAUGUUGGGCCUUCUAACAUGGAGGAAAUUGACAAAGAGGAUUUGCAACUAGAAGAUAAUGAGCCGAUGAAGGAGGUUGAUCGUGAUGAAAUGGAAUAUGGAGAAAAAGUGGAUCUUGGAGAAAAUGGCAAUGAAGAGCAUAGAGAGGAUGAUGUUGAUGUUGAUGAUCAUUCUGAAGAAACUAAGAAAAAGGAAGAGGAACAAAGGGAAUUGGCUGCCAUUGUUAAGGAGCGCAAGAGACGGAAAGAGCGUGAAGUAUUUGUUGGUGGGUUGGAUCGGGAUGCUGCGGAGGAGGAUGUGAGAAAGGUUUUCGAGAAGAUUGGGGAAAUAGUUGAAAUUAGGUUGCACAAGAAUCUUUCAACGCAUAAGAAUAAAGGAUAUGCAUUUGUUGAAUAUGCAAAGAAGGAGCAUGCAAUGCGAGCUUUGUCAGAAAUGAAAAAUCCAGUUAUUCAUGGAAAGCGUUGUGGGACUGCACCAAGCGAGGACAAUGACACGUUGUUCUUGGGAAAUAUCUGCAACACCUGGACCAAGGAAGCAAUAAGCCAAAAGCUGAAGGAGUAUGGUAUUGAAGGUGUUGAGAACAUUACUCUUGUUGCUGAUGUUCAACGUGAAGGAUUGAGUCGAGGUUUUGCAUUCAUUGAAUUUUCAUGUCAUGCUGAAGCCAUGUUUGCCUACAAGAGGCUUCAAAAACCUGACGUUGUAUUUGGCCACCUUGAGAGAUCUGCAAAAGUUGCUUUUGCUGAACCUUUACGUGAGCCUGAUCCAGAUGUCAUGGCCCAGGUUAAAUCGAUAUUCGUUGAUGGGCUUCCACCUCAGUGGGAUGAACACCAGGUAAGGGAGCAAUUAAAAGGUUACGGAGAAAUUGUACGUGUUUGUCUUGCCCGAAAUAUGUCAACAGCCAAGAGAAAAGAUUUUGGAUUUGUUGAUUUCUCUACACAUGAAGCAGCUGUGGCUUGUGUUGAUGGUGUAAACAAUGCUGAGCUGUACGAUGGGGACUCAAAGGUUAAAGUAAAAGCAAGACUCUCAAAUCCUAUGCCAAAAACUCAGGCUGUGAAGGGUGGAAUGUGUGGUGGAUUUCGAAUUGGUCAUGGUGAUGGAUAUUUUCCUAAAUCUGGGCGAGGUAAUGGAAGAGGUGGAAAUUCCUCUAACAAUGCAAAUUUCCGCAGGGGUUUUCAUCAUGGUGGACGUGGUCAUAUGGGCAGAAUGAAUUUUCCUAACGAAUAUGGAUUUGAUAACCCGCAUGCUGAAUUUCAUGGGAGACAAAACGUUGGACGAGGUGGAAGGAGAGGUUCUUUCAGAAGUGGUGAUUACCCUUCUGGUAGGUUUGCUGGACGUAAUUUUGAUAGAUCAUGGCAUGGUGUCCCCAACAGAGAACGGGAAAUGCACUACCCUCCUAUGAGGCAGCCUUAUUCUCCGGAAGGCCAUUUUGACAGACCUUUCCCAGGAAAUCACUUUGAUGACCCUUAUGGUUAUAAUGACAGUAUGCGUGGCAUGAAGCGGCCAUUGUACACGAGGGACCCUGAUCCUGAUUUUGUGGAGCCAAGCAGAAUUCGCCCAAGAUUAGAAUAUUCUGAUCCAGCAGCUUCCUUUCGUGGAAGCCGUUAUCAUGAUACUAAUGGAGCCGGCAGCAGUGUCUAUCCUCGUGAUUAUUAUGGCCCUGAUAAUGCUGGAGGUCCUUAUUCAUCAUACUAUGGAGGUGAUCCCCCAUAUGGUGGUGGCUACUACUAUUAAUCUCAAGGAACUUUGGUGGGCAUGAAAAUGCAUGAGGAACUCUUCUGAUGGACUAGAGGCUUGCUGUUUGAAAGAGCUGAAGUUCCAUAUCAUUUCCCUUCUUACUCCUUGCUUUUUUCUACUUUACUCUUCCUCAUGGCUUGCUCUUAUAUAUAUUUUUGGUAGAGUAUCCAGAGUGCUAGAGUUUCGAGUUUAGGUUGUCUUCCAAGUUCUAAGAUUCCUGAGUAAGAUUAUAAUUUACUUUUCAUAUGAUGGAGAGGUACAGAGAUGCCCCCUUUACCCCUAGGUAUGAACGGGUUGAUGACUUGAGUUAUGAGUUCUUGUGCAUAAGUGCAGAUUUCAUUUUCUGCUUUAUUUAUAAUUGUUGGUAUGGAUCAAUAUUUCUUGAUGAUAUUUAAACUUGUGAUUCGAAAGAGACAAA